AUGGCGCUGGCUCGCGUCGCGGCCGACGUCUCCGCCGCUCCGCCGCCUCCUCCUCCUCCUCGCGUCUGCGGCCGCGGCGACCCCAAUCGGAACGCCUCGCUGUCGCUCCUCCGCCUCGCCCGGGCGGCGGCCGUCUCGAGAAUCGUCCGCCGGCUCGGGCGCCGUCGAUAUCCCGUCACUUGUUAUCAGCUUCUUGGCCUCCCCGAUCAAGCAGAGAAAGAUGAGAUCGUGAAGUCAGUCAUGCAAUUGAAACGUGCUGAAGUAGAGGAGGGAUACACUAUGGAGGCCGUCAAAUCUCGAGAGGAUCUUCUUAUGGACGUGAGGGAUAAACUUCUAUUUGAACCAGAAUAUUCUGGAAAUACAAGGGAAAAAAUCCUACCUAAAUCAUCUCUUAGAAUUCCGUGGGCUUGGUUGCCAGGCGCUCUCUGCCUGCUUCAAGAGGUUGGAGAAGAAAAGCUGGUGCUAAAUAUUGGUCAAGCAGCUCUUCAACAUCCAGAUGCAAAGCCGAAUGUUCAUGAUCUGCUUCUAUCUAUGGCACUUGCUGAGUGUGCAAUUGCGAAGACUAGCUUUGAGAAGAACAAAGUGUCCCAAGGAUUUGAAGCCCUGGCUCGUGCUCAGUGUCUUCUCAGAAGUAAGAUUUCCCUUGGAAAAAUGCCAUUACUGUCUCAGAUUGAAGAAUCUUUGGAGGAGCUUGCCCCUGCUUGCACUUUGGAAUUGCUGGGCAUGCCUUGUUCUCCUGAAAAUGCUGAACGGAGACGGGGAGCACUUGCAGCCUUGCGUGAAUUGCUGAGGCAGGGCCUUGAUGUGGAAACUUCAUGCAGGGUCCAAGAUUGGCCAUGUUUAAACCAAGCACUAAGUAGGCUUAUGGCUACAGAAAUAAUAGAUCUCAUCCCCUGGGAUGAUCUAGCCAUGACAAGGAAGAACAAGAAAUCUCUAGAAUCUCAAAAUCAGAGGGUGAUUGUUGAUUUUGAUUGUUUCUACGUGGUGCUGAUAGCUCAUAUUGCUCUCGGAUUUUCAGCGAAGCAAAUGGAGUUGAUCAACAGGGCAAAAGUUAUUUGCGAAUGCUUGAUAGCAUCGGAAGGUAUCGAUCUGAAAUUUGAGGAAGCCUUCUGCUUAUUCCUUCUUGGUCAGGGUAGUGAGGCAGAGGCGGUUCAAAGACUUCACCUGCUGGAAGUAAAUUCCAAUUCCACUACACAGAAGUCACCUACAAGAAAGGAAAUCAAAGAUGUUUCUGGCACAGGUCCCUCUUUGGAACAAUGGCUGAAAGAUGCAGUUCUUACUGUAUUUGCAGAUACACAAGAUUGUUCCCCAUCAUUGGAUGUCCUUGCAGGGUCAUUUCUUUACAACAAACAGAAAGAGAAUUUGAUGAAUCUCUUCCAGCCUCAAGUUCCUCCCGAUACCUUGGAUUGGCUGCUUGGUGGACACCAUAGCACCAUUUUGGAUAUGCUGUUCAGUGAGAAGAAUAUAAUUGGACGGAUUGUCUUUGUUACAGUUUUGGGUUGCUUUAUGUUCAUAACCCUUAGGCCACUGAGCAAGAAUGUGGUAAGGAUGGCCAAUGGAUCUAGAUGGAUCUCUACUAGCAUAUCCGACAGGGAUACAGGAUCUACUGUCUGUCAUGUGGAUUCUUUUCCACACAAGGCUGGUUCUGCUCAUCGUGAGGGAAAUGGCAUGACCAGCAGAGUGGACAAAUUGUUGACCAUGGUGAAGAAGCAGUUUGAAAGCCUCUCUGGUUCUAAAAGCACAAGCAAUUCAUUUUUGGCUGCGGGUUUGUUCUCAUCGACAGCCGCAGUUACCAGGAGGCCGAUGCAAUUGGAGGAUGCUGAAUCUCUUGUGAAACAGUGGCAAACAAUCAAAGCUGAGGCUCUAGGGCCUGAUUAUCAAGUUCAGUUCCUUCCUGAAAUACUUGAUGAGUCCAUGCUAGUUCAGUGGGAAGCUUUGGUCGACAAGGCAAAAGACAGGUCUUGUUAUUGGAGAUUUGUCCUGUUGCAACUCUCUGUCCUUCGAGCUGAGACUCUUUCAGAUGGGAUGGGCAUAGAGAUGGCCGAAAUUGAUGCUCUUCUGGAGGAAGCUGCUGAGCUUGUUGAUGAAUCUCAGCCAAAGAACCCAAAUUACUACAGCUCUUAUAAAAUUCGUUACGUCCUAAAGAAGCAAGAGGACGGAUCAUGGAAGUUCUGUAAAGGCGAUGUGCAAGCUCCUUCGUGACAUUCGUCUCAGUUUUUCAGACACGUGGCUAGAAGUAGUUCAUGAUGGCUAACGUUCCCUCGCAUCACUCGCUGCUCGGACCCACGAACGACUCUGCAUUAAUCUGGUGCUGACAUGUCAACUUUAGCUGUAUAGUGUAGAUUUGCUAGUCAUGAAUAAUGGCCGGUUGCUUCCUAACCCACCGUUCUUUAUUCUAUUGGAAGGAUGAGAGAGAGAGAGAGAGAGAGAGAGAGAGAGAGUUGAGUUUGUCUAGGAACUUGUAAUCGAGAUAAGGAGAGAAUGGAUUUCCAUUGCUCGUGGCACCGGUUCGGUGCGAUGUAACACAAGGGAAGAGCACGAGUUAAAUCGUGCUGAGUUCUUUCAUCAUUGUUCUACUGGCCAUAAUGUUUCAUGACUAUA